ACUUGACUUCUCUUUGAAAGAUGAUGAAAAACGUAACCAGAUCAUCCUGGACCUCGCUGUCUAUAGGUAUAUGGAUACCUCUUUAAUUGAUGUUGAUGUGCAGCCAACUUAUGUGCGAGUAAUGGUCAAAGGAAAGCCGUUUCAGCUUGUCCUUCCUGCAGAAGUCAAACCUGACAGCAGCUCUGCUAAAAGAUCACAGACAACAGGACAUUUGGUAAUCUGCAUGCCUAAGGUGCUGAAUGAGCCAUGGCCUCUACUCUCAUGGACCGUACAGUUGGAGAAGGGAAGACAGACCACACACAAUUCAACAGACAAGGUUGUUUCAGAUGGAU